UCUCUCUUUCUGGCUUUAUAUAUAAUGGCCUUACAGGUCCAAUUCAAACCACAUCAAGACCAUGUUGUUGAUGGUGCACCACCAGGUAGAAGGGACGGUUCUUGCAUUCCUUCAAGCCUAGCUGCCGCCCUCCAACGAGCCGCUGCCCUGGCCCCGAUCGCCCUCGAUCUCUCGCUCGCUGCUAAUCAGCUCUCCCCUGCCGUAUUGAGCUAGAAGAGCCCUGUCCUCCACCCUCCUGGUCGGCAAAAGUUACUCGAUCUUAAGCAGAGAGGAGAGGUGUCCUAUUUGGACUGCACACCGAAUAACAUGAGUCGCCGGAACGGCAACGGCCCCAAGCUCGACCUGAAGCUGAACCUGUCCCCGCCGAGGCCUGGCCGGAGGGUGGAGUCCCCGGCCCGCUCAGCGACGGUGUCGCCCACCUCCCCGCCGAGCUCGUGCGUGUCAUCGGAGCUCAACCAGGACGAGGCCGCCCUGCGCUACUCCAACAGCCCGGAGGCCACGUCGAUGGUGCUCGUGGGGUGCCCGAGAUGCCUGAUGUACGUGAUGCUCUCGGAGGACGACCCCAAGUGUCCCAAGUGCAAGAGCACCGUCUUGCUGGACUUCCUCCAUGACAACGUCAACACCAACCACACCAGGAGGACCAGGAAAAGCUAGAAACAGAGGACACAGAGCUUUUUUUUUGCCCCUCUCAGGAAAUUCUGUUAUUACUAGGAGUUAAUGUUUAGCGUUUUUCUAGUCUAGCCCCUCCUCUCGAUCUCCUGUUUCGGUCUCUCUAGAAAAGAUAGUGCUAUCUGCGCUCCAUUUUUAGGUUCAUUUUUCAUUUCCAUGUGCCUAAACUAGGAAAAACAGAGGUGUAAACAGGGUAUGUAUGUGGAUGGAAAAGGCACGCAUCAAGAACAGAGAAAAAGUGAAGCGCUAUAGCACUAUCUCGUUUCUUAUCUCUUGCUUUUUUUCCGAUCUUUUCUUUUCCUAGGCAUUAGAAGGAGGAUUUAGUGGGACUACCAGAGCAAAAUCCUGAGCUCAGCCUUUUUCUCUUCCCUCUUUUGGCAACAGGCAAUGUAAAUCUGGUUAACUGCAGCGGCCCAGAUUUUCUUAUCAUAGGGUGAUGUUAGAUUGCGCUCGA